GCACAUAGAGAGAUAGAUAUAUCGUCUAUAUAUACAAGGCACCACUCCUCAUCUUCUACCUCUGCCUGCCUGUGACCUCGCUUCUCAAGCUGUUACAAUGUAAACGCAGGCAGACCCAGAAACAGCUUAUCCGAAACUUUUUGCCAUUUUCUCUCUGUUCUAUUUCUGUAGCUCUGUAAAACCCUAGCCUUUAAAUCCUUCACUGUUUAUCCCAAAAAUCCUUAGAUUUGCUGCACAAUCCACUGUUCAUUAGUUCAAAUUUUUGGAGCCUUCACAGUUUCAGAUUUAGGAUUUUUGGGUUGCUUAUGAUCUGUUUUCGAAUUGGGUUUUUAUGGUCAUAUGUUGUUAGGUUCAAAUUUGUCCAAAAAUGUCGAUUAUGCCCAAGAGCGAGUCGAUUCAGAUCAGGGAAGUCUGGAAUGAUAAUCUUGAAGAUGAGUUUGCUUUGAUUAGCGAUAUCAUAGAUGAUUACCCUUACAUAGCUAUGGAUACCGAGUUUCCGGGUAUUGUCCUUAGGCCCAUAGGAAAUUUCAAGAGCGCCAAUGAAUACAAUUUUCAUACUUUGAAGGCCAAUGUUGAUCUUUUGAAGUUAAUUCAGUUGGGUCUUACAUUUUCUGAUGAAAAUGGUAAUCUUCCCACCUGUGGAACUGACAAAUUGUGUGUUUGGCAAUUCAAUUUCUGCGAAUUCAAUCCCAAUGAGGAUGUCUAUGCCAAUGACUCGGUCGAGCUCUUAUGCCAGAGUGGUAUUGAUUUUAAGAAGAACAAUGAAAAGGGCAUCGAUGCUCAUCGAUUUAGCGAGCUACUUAUGUCUUCGGGGAUUGUGCUGAACGAUAAUGUGCAUUGGGUGACCUUUCACAGUGGGUAUGAUUUUGGGUACUUGCUCAGGAUACUUACUUGCCAGAAUCUACCUGAUACUCAAGUGGGGUACUUCAAUCUGAUCAGAAUGUAUUUCCCAACGCUUUAUGAUAUCAAGCAUCUGAUGAGGUUCUGCAACAGUCUUCACGGUGGGUUGAACAAGCUUGCUGAACUUUUGGAUGUUGAGAGGAUUGGCAUCUGUCAUCAAGCUGGUUCUGAUAGCUUGCUUACUUGUUGUACGUUCAUGAAGUUGAAAGAGAAUUUCUUUAAUGGAUCACCUGAGAAAUAUGCUGGUGUGUUGUAUGGUCUUGGAGUUGAGAAUGGACAGAAUAGUCAUUGAAAGAAAAAUAUUAAGUUUUAUAAAAAAAUAAAAUAAGAAUCUGUUUGUUAGAGUA